GUCCAGUCUAGGGGUUCUUCUUCUGUUCGCGGCGAUGGGCACUGGGGGCGGGUGGCCUUGGCUUUUGCUGCCGCCAACGACCUGUCAUCCGGGUCUUGCGUAGGGUCCGGCCGUCCUGGACUUGCCUGUGAGGUGGGAUGGACUGGCUGUCGGACCAAGUCCCCUGCCGUUGGCAGUAGUAGGGCGGAGUGAUGCACGCCCGGGCGCCCAGCAUCGUUCUAGUUCUCAGAGACAUCGCUUCGGUCCGGGCGCUGCUCGUGGCUGCGUUCCUGCGCCGGGAGCCCCUUUCCCGGGGUUGGAACUACGCUGUGCGGCCAGCGGGAGGUCCCCAAGGACAGAGUCGAAAGGUCGUAUCUUCUGUCAGUGCUGUGUGACAGCACCGCGAAGGCACCUGCAGAACCUGAACUAGAUCCGUAAUGCCUCCUGCCUGGCUCUUUCAAGAUGGAGGGGAAACCUGUGGGAGAGCCUACUCAAGGGGUGUCUAAAUUCAAACUUCCCCCCAAGGUGGAAAACACAGGACACUGGCUGGUGGAAGAUCAUGCUCGACUAUGGGAAGUUUUAAAGACAGAGGAGAGCUCGAUUCAGGACUGGGGUGAAGAGGUAGAGGAAGGAGCUGUUUACCAUGUCACCCUGAAAAGAGUCCAGAUUCAUCAAGCUGCCAAUAAAGGAGCAAGGUGGCUAGGGGUGGAAGGGGACCAGCUGCCUCCUGGACAUACAGUCAGUCAAUAUGAGACCUGUAAGAUCAGGACCAUAAAAGCUGGCACCUUGGAGAAGCUUGUGGAGAACCUGCUGACAGCUUUUGGGGACAAUGACUUUACCUAUAUCAGCAUCUUCCUGUCAACGUACAGAGGCUUUGCCUCCACUAAAGAAGUGCUGGAACUGCUGCUGGACAGGUAUGGAAACCUGACAAGCCUAAACUGUGAAGAAGAUGGAAGCCAGAGUUCCUCAGAGUCCAAGACCGUGAUCAGAAAUGCAAUUGCCUCUAUCCUGAGAGCCUGGCUUGACCAAUGCGCGGAGGACUUCCGAGAACCCCCUCACUUCCCUUGCUUACAGAAACUGCUGGAUUAUCUCAAACAGAUGAUGCCAGGCUCUGACCCAGAGAGAAGGGCACAAAAUCUUCUGGAGCAGUUUCACAAGCAAGAAGUAGAAACUGACAAUGGAUUUCCCAGCACCAGCUCCGUCAGCCUGGAAGAGGAAGAGGAACUGGAGGGUGGAGGGUCCGCAGAGUUCACGUGCUUCUCAGAAGAUCUCGUGGCCGAGCAGCUGACCUAUAUGGAUGCACAACUGUUCAAGAAAGUGGUGCCUCACCACUGUCUGGGCUGCAUUUGGUCUCAAAGGGAUAAGAAGGAAAACAAACAUUUGGCUCCUACCAUCCGCGCUACCAUCUCUCAAUUUAAUACCCUCACCAAAUGCGUUGUCAGCACCAUCCUGGGGGGCAAAGAACUCAAAACUCAGCAGAGAGCCAGAAUCAUCGAGAAGUGGAUUAACAUUGCUCACGAAUGUAGAAUCCUGAAGAAUUUUUCCUCCUUGAGGGCCAUCGUUUCAGCGCUGCAGUCCAAUUCCAUCUAUCGGUUAAAAAAGACUUGGGCUGCCGUCCCAAAGGAGCGAAUGCUGAUGUUUGAAGAACUUUCAGAUAUCUUCUCGGACCAUAAUAACCAUUUGACCAGCCGGGAACUACUGAUGAAGGAAGGAACCUCAAAAUUUGCAAACCUGGAUAGCAGUGUGAAAGAAAACCAGAAGCGGACUCAGAGGCGGCUCCAGCUCCAGAAGGAUAUGGGUGUGAUGCAGGGCACUGUGCCCUACCUGGGCACCUUCCUGACUGACCUGACCAUGCUCGACACUGCUCUCCAGGACUACAUCGAGGGUGGGCUGAUUAACUUUGAGAAAAGGAGGAGGGAAUUUGAAGUGAUUGCCCAAAUAAAGCUCUUACAAUCUGCCUGCAACAGUUAUUGUAUGACCCCAGACCAAAAGUUCAUCCAGUGGUUCCAGAGGCAGCAGCUCCUAACAGAGGAGGAGAGCUAUGCCCUCUCCUGUGAGAUUGAAGCUGCUCCCGAUGCCAGCGCCACCUCGCCCAAGCCUCGGAAGAGCAUGGUGAAGAGGCUCAGCCUACUGUUUCUGGGGUCGGACAUCAUCACCAGUAGCACGCCCACCAAGGAGCAGCCCAAGUCCACUGCCAGUGGGAGCUCUGGUGAAAGCAUGGACUCCGUCAGUGUGUCAUCGUGCGAGUCAAACCACUCAGAGGCUGAGGAGAGCUCUAUCACUCCCAUGGACACACCUGAGGAGCCUCAAAAAAAGCUCUCGGAGUCGUCCUCCUCCUGUUCCUCUAUCCAUUCCAUGGACACAAAUUCCUCAGGGAUGUCGUCCUUAAUCAACCCUCUCUCCUCACCUCCAUCCUGCAACAACAACCCCAAAAUCCACAAGCGCUCCAUCUCUGUGACGUCCAUUACCUCCACCGUGCUGCCUCCCGUGUACAACCAACAAAAUGAAGACACCUGCAUCAUCCGCAUCAGCGUGGAGGACGACAACGGCAACAUGUACAAGAGCAUCAUGUUGACGAGCCAGGAUAAAACCCCCGCUGUGAUCCAGAGGGCAAUGCUGAAGCACAAUCUGGACUCGGACCCAGCUGAGGAGUACGAGCUGGUACAGGUCAUCUCGGAGGACAAAGAACUUGUGAUCCCAGACUCGGCAAAUGUCUUUUAUGCCAUGAACAGCCAAGUGAACUUUGACUUCAUUUUACGCAAAAAGAACUCCAUGGAAGAACAAGUGAAACUGCGUAGCCGGACCAGCUUGACCUUGCCCAGGACAGCUAAACGGGGCUGCUGGAGCAACAGACACAGCAAAAUCACCCUCUGAAGGGAGGGACCAAUGGCCCGUGGCUUGCCAAAGGCACCGUGGGGCUGAGGACAGGCCAUGGUGAUAGCAGCUACCAUCCAGUGUUAGAGGAUCAUUGGUGAAGCCAGCAGGUGCUUGCUGAGUACCUCUGGUGUGGGAGGUACUGUGAGGUGCAUUGUGGGGGAAUGGGAGAGGAAUUUGGCACGAAAAGGAUGAACGAUUCAUUGACUCUCUUUGACCUAUUUUGACGGAAAUGCAAAAUUAUCCACAUUUAUAAAUAUAUAUAUUACACAUAUUUGGUAUGUAUGUGUGUGUAUAUAUAUACAUAUAUAUAUAUAUAUAAGAAUAUGAGGGACUUAUAGGAUAUUCUGGACUAUGGAAAAACAAAUUUGCACAAUGGCCCGGGAAGUUGAGGUCACUUUCUACAGGGAAAUAGAAGGAACUGAGAACCUAGUCUCAUACCUUCCAAGCAAAUGGAGUAGUCCUAGGAAUACGGUGUGUCCUUUCUUCCAGUAUUAGGAGAAGUCCAAACUAUUCUCGUAAAGGGAGAGGAUGACUUUCUCAACGAAAUGCCACCGGAAGAAAACAACUGCAGAGGCUGGAACUGCCACAGGCUGAAUGAAAGGCCACUUUGGAAAGGGUUUGGAUGAGCCAGUGGCUUUGGACCUCUGCCUUCAUCCAGCGCUUUCUGCUACCCCAGGAGGGUGGGGGAUGGGGCUUGGAGGCCCAGCCCUCCCCCUGACAUUUCCGGAGUCAACACAAGCCUAUUUUGAUUUCUGGCAGCAGCACUGUGUAUCUAAGAGCAUAUCACAGUCAUGAUGGCACAGUAGCCACGCUCUUUGGUAACUUUUCAGCCAGAAAAGAAAUCGCCAAAGGAUGGUGACUCAUGGGGGCUCUGUCUCCAAGGGCCCCCGUCAUGGCCUUCCCUGAUUGCCUUUGCAUGUAAAACGCUCUGUCUGGAGCCUUUUGCCAUCUGGAUUGGAGUACCUCUAUGUUAUGUGCAAUUUGUUCCUCAGGUGUAGAAAUUUCUACUGCGAUCUACUCUUCUGUGAUCAUUUUGAGCCUGUGAAAGGUUUCAACGCAGCGGUUUCUGUCAAUAGCCCCUCGGAAGGUGUUCCCUGCUGACAGCAGCGCCCCGUUGUACUUCGUAAUUUUUAUAGCAUUACUGUGCCUCGUCAUGGGGAGAGGAGUGGGGCUGCGUGUAUGACCUAAUCGUUUCUGAAGAGGGACCUUCUUCCAGAUGGAGUCAGUAACAGUUUGUUCCCCCCCCACCCCCCGCAGGUCCCCACACUUGCUAUCACAGUGUCACUGUUAAGUGGCAUUUUUGUCUCUAGUAACACCCUCUCCCUUCCAAAUCUGAGCUGUACUGGGGUUUGAACUAAAAAGCCAUAUGUGGGAUGUUGACAUGUGUAAAAAGCACUUUUCAAAAUGUCACCCUUUUUAAGAAAAAAAUUCUCAAAAUACCCAUUUUUAUUCCCAAAAUAAAGAGAAUGAAGCCAGAUACGAAGUGUAGAUGAUAACAUGGAGCUUUUCUUUUUCCCUGUCAUCCUGUAAGACGGCUCCCAAAGGUUACAUGAGAUGUAUAGUGUGUAAAUAGUCAUGCGAUGUCAUAAGAAACACCAGAGACAGUUUAGGGAUUUGUCGCAGUGACCAAAGACUGAGCCAGGAAGGCCUCGCGUUUCCUGUCGGCCUUUCUAGAUCAGUCCGUGCAUCGUAAAGACCAACUGCGUUCCAGCUAGUCGAAAAGCACUUUCUUCUGUUUGCGAGGCUCGUCUCAGUUGUGCUUCUGUGCUUGGAAGACACAUGGCCGGGGUGCUAGGAAAUCAAGGAAAAGGAAAUAAAUGUGCCCUCAGCCUGAAUUUCUUGGUUUGAAGGUCAAAAAGGAAGUAGAGAACUCUUGGCCUGGUCUAGAGUGUAGCUACCAAGAUAUACACGUGCCCGUGUGCUUGCCCUGGGUAUUUAUACUGUAUAUGUAGAGUCUAGAUUUAUAUACUGCAAUGUAAAAAUAUAUAUAUAUUUUCCUUUUUUAAAGACAAUGGAAAUUCCAAGUAGAUAAAACAUAGCCUCAUUUAUUUAAUGCCACUUUAAAUGUCUUAAAUGUGUUUCCUGGUAGACUGCCAGGCAAUGCUUUUAGCUGCUCGCAUACUUGUCUUUCUGCAUCUCCAUCAUGUGUUGACCUUUUGGUUAAACUAAUAAACUGGUUUGGGACUUGGUUGGCAUGUGCUGCCAGACCCAGAGG